CUUCACUGGAGGCAAAGCUGAGAGAAAGAGGAGACAAACUGAACAGAGAGGAUGUGGAGCAGGUUUCAGUGCGUGUGACUGAUGGGACAGAAGCUCAGGAUUCAGUCUGGAGCGUCAGAGAUCAGAGAUCCAGAGACACACAGGACUCAGAGCUCAGCCUCACUUUACUCUGUUAUACUGACGCUCAGGAUCAUGAAUCCACUGAUCAAACCUCUGACUGUAACGCUGGAGAACAGCAGAUGCUGCAGACGCCGCUGAAGAUGUGCUCCGUCAAACUGGUGGACUGCAGGAACCUGAUAGAGAGCCGAGGAGAAGAAACCACCGCAGAGAAAGAACAACAACACAGUGAUGAGGAAGAGGAGGAUGAUGUGACUGAUGGGACAGAAGCUCAGGAUUCAGUCUGGAGCGUCAGAGAUCAGAGAUCCAGAGACACACAGGACUCAGAGCUCAGCCUCACUUUACUCUGUUAUACUGACGCUCAGGAUCAUGAAUCCACUGAUCAAACCUCUGACUGUAACGCUGGAGAACAGCAGAUGCUGCAGACGCCGCUGAAGAUGUGCUCCGUCAAACUGGUGGACUGCAGGAACCUGAUAGAGAGCCGAGGAGAAGAAACCACCGCAGAGAAAGAACAACAACACAGUGAUGAUGAAGAGGAGGAGGAUGAUGAUGAGAAUAAUGAUGAUGUUGACGAUGGUGUCUUUGUUCCUUCAGACAAUGCUGGAGAAACUGCAUCUACAUCCAAAGAGCAAUGGACAGUGAUGGACUAUGGAAAGAAAUUCAGCAAACAGGGUCAUUUAAUGAGACAUGAGAAAAAACACAGAGAACAGAAAGACUUCAUUAGCAAGAGUUUUCCUACCUUAGCAGAUAAAACACUUCAUUCAAAAGAGCACAGCGUGAAGAAGGAGUUUCGCUGCGAACAGUGCGGGAAGGAUUUUUUCACCACUCUUCAUUGUAUGAGAGCUCAUAUAAAGACACACGAGGAAAAGUCUUUCCAGUGCAACGAAUGUAACAAGUUUUUCCGCAACAAUAGUAAACUUUCUGUUCACAAGAGGAUCCACACGGGUGAAAAGCCAUACAAGUGUCCUCACUGCGAGAAGAGCUUCAGCCAGGGAUCUAAUCUGAAGGACCAUCUAUUUACACACACCAACGAAAGGCCGCAUCAGUGCAGUGAAUGUGGCAAGUUGUUCAACAUCAAACAAAAUCUUUCACGUCAUAAGAGGAUCCACACGGGUGAAAAGCCGUACAAGUGUCCUCACUGCGAGAAGAGCUUCACCGAGGGAUCUAGUCUGAAGAAACAUGUGCGUUUGCACACCAAUGAGAGGCCGUAUCAGUGCAGUGAAUGUGGGAAAAGUUUUAUAAGCUCAGGUUCUCUAAAUUUUCACCAAAAAAUCCACUCUGAUGACAAACCAUAUCAGUGUUCACACUGUGAGAAACGUUUCCAUCAUUCGAGUCACAUGAAAACCCAUGAGAGGAUUCACACCGGAGAGAAACCGUACCUGUGCUCCGACUGCGGGAAGAGCUUUUCUAGUUCAUUUUCUUUAAAAGUUCAUCUUAGAAUUCACACAGGAGAAAAACCGUAUCCCUGUAGUGAUUGUGGGAAGAGUUUUUAUAAGCUAAGUGACUUAAAAAAACACCAGAGGACUCAUACAGGAGAAAAACCUUUUAAAUGCUCACUUUGUGACAAGACUUUCGCUAUAUCAAGUUCCCUGAAGAUCCAUGAACGAAUGCAUACAGGAGAGAAACCUUACCGCUGCUCCAUCUGCGGCGAGAGAUUCGCUUAUAAAUGGGGUUUUCAGACCCACAAGAAGAAACACGCUGCCCCAGAAUCAUCAUAGAUUCAUAAUUUUAGGUUGUGUAAAAAUGUAGUGCUACGGGAACAUUAUUUUAUGGUUGUAAAAAAUAACCCCUUAAACUAAAAUGUCUCUAGAACAUUAUUUACUGGGUAGAAAUAAAUCAUUUGGAUGAAAAAAUCACUGUAAUGUGCAGAUCAGUGUCUGAUAUUGGAUUUUUGAACUGAGCUGGACAAAGACGUCACUGAAUAAACAAUGAACUGACUUUAGCUGAAAAAUUUACUGUUUACU